AUGUUAUCAUUCUAUUAAUUCAUGAGCGUGCCAAGACAAAAGCAUAUUGGAUUUGAGGUACCCUACAAUUCCAUAUCUCUCUUCACGUUUCUGGUUAUCCAUGAUUCUACUACGUUGGAUAGAUAUCAUCUUCGACUCUGCAAAUCAAGUCCAACCAUUGGAUACCCAUGUUUUAAUCUUCCUUGGUGUUUGUUUUUCCUGAAGAUUUCAGGAAUUGUGUGACUUUGAUUUUGUUUUAUUGUUUGGGUGUAUGCUCAUCCUCUGUACAUGGCAGCGGCUACCACGGCUUCACAAAUCUUUCAGGGUCGUAAUGGAGACAACAACAGCAAUGAGGUUAGCAGGCAGGAGAUACAAGCUGCCAUUGCUAAAGCAGUGGAGCUGAGGGCUUUACAUGCAGCUUUGAUGCAAGGAAACAGUCCUGCUAAUCUCAGAUACUCUACCUCUGCUUCCCCUGCUUCCCACUCUGUUCCUCAGUUCUCUGCUCAAGAUUACCCUGUUUUUACCCCUAGUUAUGAGGAUGAACCAUUACAUGGGUACCAAUUUCCAACAAAGCAUAGUGCAUUAUCUGGAAGUUGGGAUGAGUAUGGCCUAGAAGGGGGAAAUGGAAGUGAAACUACUCUAUCAGAUUACAGGAAGGAGAGUUCAGCAUCAAGGAAAGGAUUCUUUCCUGGUUUGACCACAUUAGAAUCUCAUGUUUGUCAUGCUGAAAAUCAUUUCCCAACUGGUUCUAGCACGAACCACACUAGUGUUCUUCAGACAUCACCAGGAACUGAAGUCUACAAGUCAAGUAAGGGGAACAAUUUGGGGGACUUCAAGUCAGUUUCAUCCUGCAAUAGAUGCAAGCCUGCUGUCCUAACAGCUGAAUCCGAAAAUGUCAUGAGGAGUGUCAAGAACUCUAAUACUGUGGUGCCAUUGACAGAUUCUCACUCAUCAGUUCAGUCUCAACCAAAGAGCCGUGGAGUGAUUUCACGGUUGUUCCCACGGUUAAAGAAGAAAAAUAAGAAUGAGAAUUCACCGAAUCGGACAGAGUCUGAGGAGGUUUCACAAUUUUACAAGGAGCUGGGAAUGCUGUCAGUUGAAACAUUGAAGAGGGCGCUGAUAGAAGCAAAUGAGAAUAGGGAUGCAGCACUCAUGGAAGUCGCUGAAAUGAAAUCUUCAGUAGGGGAGCUAAGGCAGAAGCUGGAGUACUUGGAAAGUUACUGUGAGGAGCUUAAGAAAGCCUUAAGGCAAGCAACAACACAAGCAAAGGAUUCUCUAGUCCACGAAAGGCUUGGAAAUUUUCCUAGGAGAGGGAAAUCCAUUGAUGGGAAUGGAGAAAACUCGAUGCCUGUCAGUGAGGAAGUAAUGGUAGAAGGCUUCUUGCAGAUAGUAUCAGAAGCAAGAUUGUCGGUGAAACAAUUCUGCAAGACACUCACUGGACAGAUUGAAGAUUCUGAUAAUACUCUAACUGAGAAUUUGAAUUUGCUUCUUCAACCAUAUAAACUGUCAUUGAAUUCAAAGUACACAAAGGCAGUGCUGUACCAUUUGGAAGCUAUCAUAAACCAAUCACUCUACCAAGACUUUGAGAAUUGUGUGUUUCAGAAGAAUGGCUCUCCAAAGAUCUUGGAUCCACAACAAGAUCGCCAAGCACAGUUUUCAUCAUUUGUUGCGCUGAGAAAUCUAAGCUGGAAUGAAGUACUGAGGAAGGGGACGAAAUACUACAGUGAAGACUUUAGCAAGUUUUGUGAUCAGAAGAUGAGUUUGAUCAUCGCAACGCUGAAUUGGACUAGACCAUGGCCUGAACAACUGCUUCAAGUUUUCUUUGUUGCUGCCAAAUGCAUAUGGUUGCUUCAUUUGCUUGCAUUCUCAUUCAGUCCCCCAUUGGCAAUUCUUAGGGUUGAAGAGAACAGAACCUUUGAUUCCCAUUACAUGGAAGACAUGUUCAUGGACAGGCAAAGGGCACAUGGUUCUAGCCGGGUCAAGAUCAUGGUGAUGCCAGGAUUUUAUGUUCAGGAUAGGGUUUUAAGGUGUAAGGUUCUUUGCAGGUAUAAAUCCGUAGCUUAAGUAACUUUGUAUUCUUUUCUGCAAUGUUUUUCCAAGGGCCCUUAUAAUUAGAAAAGCUUGUAACUAGCAGAAAGUAGACGCUAAUAACUGUCCAAAUUGGAUUCCUCUAUUCCUAUUUAUCAUGAAUUGGGAAAGAGGAUUGAGGACGAGGUAAAUCUCUGCAGGUUCAAUUGAAAAUUGCUUUGAAAGGAUAUUUGAUAGUAUAAUCCCAAUUAAUGCAAUUGAAAAGG